AUGCGUAAUGAAAAAGAAGAUGAGCCUAAUGCAGUUAAACAAGGUAGGAGCGGUUUGGGUAGUUCUUCGUGCCAGCUGUCCCGGACGGAGUCGGAGCUCAGGUGCCGCGUCCCCGGGGGGAAGCUGUGCAGCGACAGAGGCAGAUGCGAGUGUGGAGUCUGCAUCUGCCAAGUGACCGAGUCCGGCAAAUACUACGGCCCGCUCUGCGAGUGCCACGACUGGGUGUGUGAGAUCUAUGAUGGGAAGAUCUGCGCAGGCCAUGGGAAGUGUGACUGUGGGAAGUGCAAAUGUGAUGAAGGCUGGUAUGGUGAAGCUUGUCAGUAUCCAACUACUUGCAAUCUUACACGGAAGAAAAGCAAUGAAAUGUGCAAGAAUUCUCAAGAUGUCAUCUGUUCUGGUGCAGGCACAUGUCAGUGUGGCAGGUGUAAAUGUGCAAACUCAGAAGGAAACGGACUGGUCUAUGGUAAAUUUUGCGAAUGUGAUGACAGAGAAUGCAUAGAUGAUGAGACAGAAGAGGUUUGUACAGGCCAUGGAAAGUGUUACUGUGGAAACUGUUACUGUGAGGCUGGUUGGCAUGGAGAUAAAUGUGAAUUCCAGUGUGACAUCACCCCCUGGGAGAUCAAGAAAAGAUGCACAUCUCCAGAUGGCAAAAUCUGCAGCAACAGAGGCACAUGUGUAUGUGGGGAAUGCACAUGCCAUGAUGUGGACCCAACUGGUGACUGGGGAGAUAUUCAUGGAGAUACUUGUGAGUGUGAUGAAAGAAACUGCAAAGCAGUUUACGAUAGAUAUUCUGAUGAUUUCUGUUCAGGUCAUGGACAGUGUAAUUGUGGAAGGUGUGACUGUAAGGAAGGAUGGACUGGGAAGAAGUGUGAACAUCCACGUUCUUGUCCAUUGUCAGUUGAGGAAAGUGCUAAGAAAUGCCAAGGAAAUUCUAAUUUACCUUGCUCUGGAAGAGGGAGAUGUGAAUGUGGCCAAUGCACUUGUUUCCCUCCAGGAGACAACAGAAUUCAUGGCAAGAACUGUGAAUGUGAUGAUCGACAGUGUGAAAAUGCGGACGGAGAUGUCUGUGGGGGCCAUGGUAUCUGCUCAUGUGGCCGAUGCAUUUGCCAGGAUGGGUGGUUUGGAAAGUUGUGCCAGCAUUCAAAGAAGUGCAACAUGACGGAGGAGGAGAGCCGGAGUCUCUGCGAGUCAGCGGAUGGCAUAUUAUGCUCGGGGAAGGGUUCCUGCCACUGUGGAAAGUGCAUCUGUUCACCGCAAGAAUGGUACAUUUCGGGCGAUUUCUGUGACUGCGAUGACAGAGACUGUGACAAACAUGACGGCCUCAUUUGCACAGGCAAUGGUGUUUGUAGCUGUGGCAACUGUGAGUGCUGGGAAGGAUGGAAUGGAAAUGCAUGUGAAAUCUGGCUGGGCAGAGAAUACCCUUAA